AUGGAAACCCACGGUACGAACAGAGGGUCGCGCCUCUCGCCCGUUGUCCUGAGGAAUUCGAAGGCGCUGCUAGCUCUGAUCAUCUUCACCGCAAUGCUAUCAUGCACUAACCAAGGCUACGACUGCUCAAUGAUGAACGGACUCAAUAUCCUUUCCACGUACACGGACUACUUCCAUCUGAACACUGUGACCACAGCUCUCAACACAUCCAUCGUUUGGAUUGGCCAGUUCUUCGCCGGGCCACCAGGUGGCUGGGUCGCUGACCGCUAUGGACGGAAAGCAGCUAUGGCGUUUGCGGCAGUGACCAAUAUCAUCGCCGCUGUGUUGCAAACCGCGUCGCAAAACAUGGCUAUGUUCAUCAUCGCGAGGUUCCUGAUUGGCAUUGGCAGUGGAGUCGCAUUUGCGCAAGUCCCAGGGUGGGUCAGUGAGGUUGCAUGGUGGAAAAGGAGGGGUCUAACAAACGGAUUGUUCAACUGCUCAUACAUGAUUGGAGGGCUCGCGGCCGCAGGCAUAACCUGGCGCACCGCAAAGCUCGACUCUACCUGGACCUGGCGCGGACCCUCCAUCGUCCAAGCCGCGCUCGCCUUCAUGUGUCUUUGCCUUCUACCCUUCCUCCUCGAAUCGCCGCGUUGGCUCAUUAACCGUGGCCAAAAUAACCAAGCGCUCGAGAUUCUCGCCGCGACGCACACGAACGGCGAGAUCGACAGCCCGACCGUAUGGAUCCAGUACCGCGAGAUCGUAGACACAAUCGCGUUCGAGAAGUCCUUCGCCGAGCGUGCGGGCAAGACGCCCUUUUGGGAACUACUAAAGACGAAGGGUGCAAGAAAACGACUCAUGAUCAUCGUGACGCUCAACUGCGUGAGCAUGCUCAGCGGCAACAACAUCGUCACCUACUACACUGGCUCCAUGCUGACAAAUGCUGGGAUAACGGACACAGACACGCAGCUCCAAAUCAACGUCUACCUCAACUUGUUCUCGUUUAUCGUCGCUGUGUCUGGCACACUGCUGAUCGACAAGAUGGGCCGGAAGCCGCUGGGACUGACAAGCAUGAUACUGAUGACGGUGUUCAUGUUCUUGCUCGGUGCGCUGACGAAGGUGUACGGCGAUACGACGUAUAAACCCGGUAUUUACGCCACGGUCGGAAGUCUGUUCUUGUUUAGCGGUGCGUAUGCCUUUGGAAUGACACCGCUGAACACGGCAUACAGUCCUGAAGUUUUGAAUUACUCGCUCCGAGCGCAGGGGCUGGGGUUUUUCACGACGUUCCAGUCUGGCUUAGGGUUGAUGGUUACAAUGGCCUUCCCUAUCGCACUCGAACGUAUCGGAUGGAAAACCUACAUGAUCAACGGCGGCUGGGACGUUCUGCAGAUUGGUAUGAUUGCUUACUGGUGGGUGGAGACGAAGGGGCGGACCAUGGAAGAGAUUGAUGAAGUCAUUGAUGGUGCGAAGCAUAGUAAUGUGCCGGAUAUGGAAGCAGUAGAGAAAGGGAAGGUGGAUGUGGAGGUAAAUGCGCUGCAAGAAUUGUAA